CAGAAAGUAGUAGCUGUAUUGUUGUGCUGACUAGCGCCCUCUUGUGGUUUGCAUAUUCUUUUGGCUUACUGCUGGAUAGCAUGUAGGGCGCCCUCAAUAAUAUCCUUAUUUUCCAAUCACAUUUAUGUCCGUAACUUCCGUUCCAGCGUUUGAUCCAAACUUGACCUGUUUUCCCAUUUAUAACAAACCAGGUUGCCUAAAAUCCUAUUCCUAGUUAUCCCAUAAUCAUCCAAGAUAAUUCCUGUGCGUGAUUUUGAAUAAACCACGGGAAAAUCUCACGGGAAAAUCUCACAGGGAUAAUUUUCAACCUCACGUUUUUUCAUGGUCCUUCGAGCCGAAUUCGAACCAGCGACAUAUGGAUCGACUGCCAACAUCCACCCGUCCAUCCCGGACUGUUCGUCCACCCAAGCGCUUCAAAGAUUUUGCACUUGGUUCCCCUACUGGUAGCCAUCGCACUUCCUCCACAACUUCACAUCACUCAAGCCGGUCAAGCUGUUCCCACAUCUCCCAACUGAGCGACUCACAAGCUGCGAAGCUCACCGCCAUGAGGAAGCAAUCCCAGCUUCAGGAACUCCAACGGCAGAUAGCCGAAGAUGAGUUAUACGACACACAACUCAAAGAGCAGGAUGACCGAGCCAGAGCAGCACGUAUGCAGCUUGAGGAAGUUGAACGUCAAGGGCUAAGAGAGCGAGAGACAAUUACGAUGCGUCUUUCUAGACGAAGAAGACUGCGUCAAGCCGAACUGGAACUACGAGAUGCCGAGGCUGUUAAAUCAUUUCUGCAAGAGGAUGCAGAUCCAGCUAUCCAUGACAUCAGUGAGAUUCCAUGCUCCCAGCCAACUGCUGAUCCAACCCUGUCGCUGAGCAAUACAUCUUUGAACACCCCAGAUGUAGCUGAGACUGACCAGACUGUACUGACCACUUCACAAGUCCCUGUGAAUGGUUCACCUCCCAGUGCACCCACCUGCUCUAUUACUGGACAGCAACCAGUUACUCCAGUGCGCACCCUGCAGGAAACAGGAUGUGACUCCCUGAAACCAGUGUUCCCAACCAGUAACACGCUCCAACAGUCGAAUCAUACUCCUGUCUGCAACCCCGGUGCACCACCGUCAUCAGUCAUCACGCCAACAUCUCCUCCCACUUUGGGAACUGUUCCAGAAAUUGCAUCAGUGAACACUAACCUCAUGGAUCUCCUCAUGGCAUCAUCCCUCGGUGUACCGAAACCAACCCUGCCGAAGUUUUCCAGUGGUAGGGAGAAAGACUUUGCACUGCUGAAGAUUGCUCUCCAGAACCUGGUUAAUGUUCACCCGCAUCUCAGCGAGCAAUACAAGUACCAAGUGCUAAUCGGCAGUUUGGACGGCAAGGCCCUGAAGCUUGCAAAAUCCUACCUCCAUAGCAGCCAGCCAUACACCAAGGCAUUGGCAGCACUGAGCGACAAAUAUGGCCAACCCCGUCAGCUGGUGCAGACUGAAAUAGCUGCAAUUAUGAUGACACCGCCAAUCAAGCACAACGAUACCGAGUCCUUUGAAGACUUCUGUCUCGAUGUAUCCUCCUUGGUGGGCAUGCUUGAAUCCUUAGACGGCCAAGCCGAAGUGGAGCUUCGAUGUGGCUCACAUGUAGACAAGCUGCUGAGCAAACUCUCCCCGAGUCUCCGCACCAGUUUCAUAGAGCACUGCAUCAAGAAGGGUAUACUCAAGCCGAACUCAGGUGAAACGUACACUCUUCCCCAGUUUGCCGCGUGGCUGAAGUUGAAGUCACAGUCGCAGAUGCUCGCCAAACAAGCCGUUACCAGUCACAUCCAAGAUCAGAGUAGUUCCAGAGUAAACCGAGAUCAUCGACCGGUGAAGCAGAAGCCAACUCCGACAUCUGCAUUCCUGACAGGAGGCAAGCAGGAGAAAUCUGUGAGCCCCAAAUACACCAAGCCGAAGCCAAAGCCGUUCUGUCCGUUCUGUGAUGGGAAAGAUCACUUCUUGAAUGGCUGUCAAACCUUCAAGGCACUUUCUACCGAGGAGAUAGUGAAGUGGAUCCAAGAGAAUAAAUGCUGUUGGAAGUGUUGCCGCAAGCAUGAACCUGAUGCAUGCACCUUGAAGAAACCAUGCCACCAGUGUAAGGAAGUGCACCUUACAGUUCUGCAUGAGGCUGCCCAGAAGGCUACAAGUGUUUUCAUGGUGAAACCUACAAGCCAGUCCGUUUAUGUAGACAAACCUAGCCGACCAUGCAAUACCAUGCUGAAAGUGGUAAGAGUUACCCUCCACGGUCCAGACAGCAACAUUGACUCUUAUGCAGUACUUGAUGAUGGAUCUGAGCGAACCAUGUUACUUCAAGAUGCAGCACAACAGCUUAAGCUCAGCGGAACACCAGAGACUAUGCAUCUACAAACAGUCAGAGAAGACCUUGUCAUCUGUCAAGGUAAAUCCGUGUCUCUGUCUGUGUCACCCCAUGACAAGCCAGAUGUGAAGUUCUCCCUGGAUGGUGUCUUUGCUGCUGGUAACCUAUGCCUGUCCGAAUAUACGUAUCCAGUCAAGAUACUGCAAGAGUGCUACCCACAUCUUCGUGACUUGCCACUGCCUUUGGUUGAUAGAGCUCGACAAGUCAUCCUAAUUGGGUCAGAUCACGUUGACCUAAUCGCCCCAAGACGACCUAUCAGGUUCGGCCCUAGUGGGACACCAGUAGCCGCUCUCACAAGACUGGGUUGGACUCUCCAUGGACCAGCCAGCAUUUUGAAGCAGAAAGCUGGUGAGCAAUGGUGCUUCAAACUCUCAGCCCAAUCAGAGACAGCCGAGCUGAUGAGGCACGUUGAGAAACUUUGGCAAGUUGAUGUUGUGCCUUAUGUGAACGAACAGCAUGUCGUUCGCUCCAAGCAAGAUCAACGUGCGGUGCAACUUCUAGAAGACAAGACAGCCCGUGUGGUUGAGGGAGGAAUUCAGCGUUAUGUAACUCCCCUCUUGCGAACUGACAACGCCAAGUUCCACGCUCCAAAGGAGGCUGUCCUUCCAACCCUGAGAAGAACAGAAAGGCGCCUUGCAACCCGACCAUCGCUGGCAGAGAAACACAACGAGCUGAUCCAGAAGCUAGUAGAUGCUGGUUACGUCAGAAUCCUGGCAGUGGAAGAUGCUGCAAAGUCUGAAGAAUCCUGGUACAUUCCGCAUCACACAGUCGAAAACAACGGGAAAUUUCGCCUUGUGUUUAAUUGUUCCUUCCAGUAUCAGAACCAGAUACUCAAUGAGCACCUACUUCCUGGUCCAUCCCUCGGUGCAUCGCUCCUUGGGGUACUGUUGCGUUUCCGCCAACAUGCUGUAGCAGUGUCAGGGGACAUUAAGGCAAUGUUCCACCAAGUAAGGCUGCAGCCCACCGAAAGAUGUCUCUUCCGCUUCCUGUGGAGAAACAUGAAGACCGACACCGAACCCAAGAUCUAUGAGUGGCAGGUACUACCCUUCGGAGCAACAUGCAGCCCCUGUUGCGCCACUUGUGCGCUACGUAAGCAUGCCUUUGAUCAUCGAGAGAAGUCUGCUGAAGUUGCUGAUGCAGUGGAUAGAUCAUUCUACGUCGAUAACUGCCUAGUCAGUGUACCACAGGAAGACGAAGCCAAGGCUCUCGUCCACAACAUGCGUGACUUGCUUGCCAAGGGUGGUUUUGAGAUUCGUCAAUGGGCCAGUAAUGUACCCAACGUUGUAGCCGAUCUCCCUCCUGAAGCACGUUCAGAUGGCUGUGAUCUCUGGCUGACGUUUGGAGAGACAGACUUGGCCGAACCCAUGCUCGGACUCCAGUGGGACUGUAGCACAGAUGAUCUGCAAUACCGGCACCGGGUAGUCAACUAUGAUUGCCUGAACAUGAGAAACAUGUACAAAACCUUAGCCAGCCAGUAUGAUCCAAAUGGGUACCUCACACCAUUCACUGCCAGAGCCAGAGUUAUCGUACAGGACUUAUGGAAGACCAAACGUGACUGGGACGAUGCCCUGGAGCCCGGAGAGAUUAUGGACCGAUGGCGAGCCUGGGAAAAUGAGCUACCAAACCUGUCUGUCAUCAAUCUAACUAGAUGUUACACGCCCCCUGAUGUCAGCCCAGAAACAGCCAGUCGCCAGCUUCACAUCAUCUGUGACGCGUCUGAGAGGAUCUACGGUGCAGUCGCCUACCUCCGGACGGAAGAUGAGAAGCAUACCAUACACACCAGCUUUUUGUAA